UGGCCUCGCAUCCAAGAGAGGGAGGGCGAAGUAGGCAACGCUGAGAGACCGAGGAAAGCUAGCUGCGGAGGACGAGGACAUUUUGGAGGGCUUGCUGGCUGGAAGAGGCAUCCCUGGAAUCCCACUCCUAGGCCGAUCUUGAAGAUUUGAAUCUGAUGAAAUUAGGGCCAUGGGGACCUACAGGGUGACCGCGCAUCUGGUCUUUGCCAUCACCGUGGCUACAAUAGGCUCCUUCCAGUUUGGCUUCAACACUGGAGUCAUCAAUGCUCCUGAGAUGAUCAUAAAGGACUUUCUGAAUAUCACUCUGCAAGCGAGAUCAAAAGAGUUCCCCAGCACCGUGUUGCUCACGACAGUGUGGUCCUUGUCUGUGGCCAUCUUCUCCGUUGGCGGUAUGAUUGGCUCCUUUUCCGUCGGACUCUUUGUCAACCGCUUUGGCAGGCGCAAUUCAAUGCUCAUUGUCAACCUGUUGGCCAUCACAGGAGGCUGCUUAAUGGGUUUCUGUAAAUUAGCAGAGUCAGUUGAAAUGCUGAUCCUGGGUCGGCUGAUCAUUGGUCUCUUCUGCGGACUCUGCACUGGUUUUGUGCCCAUGUACAUUGGAGAGGUGUCGCCAACUGCCCUUCGGGGAGCCUUUGGUACCCUCAACCAGCUAGGCAUCGUCGUGGGAAUUCUGGUGGCCCAGAUCUUCGGUCUGAAAGGCAUCUUGGGAACUGAGGAGCUCUGGCCCCUGCUUCUGGGCUUGACCAUUGUUCCUGCCAUCAUCCAAAGCGUAUCCCUUCCGUUUUGCCCUGAGAGUCCUAGAUUCUUGCUCAUUAACAGAAAGGAGGAGGACAGAGCUAAAGCGGUCCUCCAGCAUCUGUGGGGCACCCAGGAUGUGACUCCGGAAAUCCAGGAGAUGAAAGACGAGAGUGUGAGGAUGGCACAGGAAAAGAAAGCCACCAUCCUGGAUCUCUUCCGCGUGCGCAGCUACCGGCAGCCCAUCAUCAUCUCCAUCAUGCUGCAGCUCUCCCAGCAGCUGUCUGGGAUCAACGCCGUAUUCUAUUACUCCACAGGAAUCUUCAAAGAUGCAGGUGUCAAAGAGCCCAUCUACGCCACCAUCGGGGCGGGUGUGGUUAACACUUUCUUCACUGUAGUUUCUCUAUUUCUGGUGGAGAAAGCAGGGAGGAGGACUCUCCACCUAGUAGGCCUUGGAGGGAUGGCUGUUUGUUCUAUCCUCAUGACUGUUUCGUUGUUAUUAAAGGGUGAUUAUACCUGGAUGAGAUUUAUCUGCAUUGCAGCUAUCUUGUUGUUUGUGGCUUUUUUUGAAAUUGGUCCAGGUCCUAUUCCAUGGUUUAUUGUAGCCGAACUCUUCAGCCAGGGACCCCGCCCAGCUGCCAUGGCAGUGGCUGGUUGUUCCAACUGGACCUCCAACUUUUUGGUUGGACUGCUCUUCCCUUCAGCUGCAUACUACUUAGGAGCCUACGUUUUUAUUGUCUUCACCAUCUUCCUCAUUAUCUUCUUGGUCUUCACCUUCUUCAAAGUCCCUGAGACCCGUGGCAGGACUUUCGAAGACAUUACACGGGCGUUUGAAGGGCAGGUGCAGGAUGCUGACAGGGCGGAGAAGGGUCCCGUUGUGGAGAUGAACAGCAUCCAGCCUGUUAAGGAGACCAGCACCAAUGUCUAAGCCAUACCUCCUUCCCACCUCCCUCCCAACAUGAAAAAGCGACCUCUCCCUGAGUCGGGGGAGACCUCAUCAGGUUGUGACCCAGGACUGUUUCUGAAUGCUGCUACAUGAUUCCUGUCAUCCCACACUUGUGAGCGCUCAGGGUGUGCUCGUGGGUCAAUGCUAGGGUUAGUUGUGUUCUCAAUGGCUUUUAAACACUCGUUUCUUGGACACUCUUCUGUUUAGGAGAGACCAAGUGAACCUACCUUCACUUCUGGAAGGACUGGCCACUUGGCAUUUGACAGCUUUGUCAGCAACUCCUCUCUUAGAGUCCAGUAUUACCUCAGGAGAGCCUGUGGGGGAGUAAAAGUGAGGGUACAGUUCCCCCAAACUUAGGCUUCCCAGGAAGCAGGUAUACAUGAGAGUGUGAGCAGAAGAGGAGUAUCUAAGAGCACCUUCCUCACUUCCAUACAGCUCUGCAGAGCAAAAUAACCUGUGUUUUAUUUAUUUUAUCUUCUGGUUUUAUGGCAUAAAUAUUUAUUUUUUUAAAUAAAGUAAUUUUACCAAAUAAUGAAAACAUACGGAAAUUGAAGUUAGAGGGAGGUGUUUAAAAAGAGGCUAUAGGCUGGGAGAUUGAUGCUGGAGAGGUUACGGUGCAAUCCAGGAAAAAUUGAGAAAUGGAAUAUGUAUUAGAAAGGGUGUGGGAAAUUUGCACGGUGCCUCUUAACAAUUUCUGUCCUUCAGAUAGAAACUAUGAAGAGUAAUUUCUCAGAAGUCAUGUGCCUGUAUAAAGAAGCUACUGGUUUCCUUUGGAACUUUUCUCUUUAAGAUUAUAUGUAGUUAUUACUUGAAAUCUGGGGUUAUGCCAAGGUGGUCAUAGUAGGUAAUGGUGGUUGAUGGGAUCUAAUUUUGAAUGGAGUCCAGAGAAGGGAAGAUUAUUUCUAGAAAUCCUCUGUCCCCUCACUGGACCAAACAACUUUUUCUCUUUUAGUGGACUCACUUUUUUCUUUUUCUUUUUUUUUUUUAUUAAGUAUGCCCACCACCCUUCUGGUGAUUAAGCUCUCCUAAUGAGUAACCUAAAGUAUUGGUUCUUUGUAGAUGUUCAAUAUUUCUCCAUUUUGUUCUCUAGGAGAUUUUAGUUGGUUAUUUUGUUUUAACCUGUAGCUUUAAAAAAAAGAUUCAGAGGAGAAUGUUCAAGCAAAUUUGGAAUCUGUAACCUCAGCUCUGGUUAUUAGGUAAUAAAGGUUAUUAUCUAGUUUAAGUAUGUUACUUUAGGGUCAUCGCAUGCUUGUUGAUGACUUGCCUGUCAAGUUACCCUUGUUACCAUGUUACCAUAGUGUUCUGUCAAGUGCCCUUAGAGGACUUGAGCCGCCUACAAAACACAUUUAAGCUAGUGUGAGUAAUGUGCAGUGUGGCCCACACUUGAGUAUGAAUGUACGUGCACUGUCACUUUGCUCCGGGUGGAAGUAUCGGUAACUUGCUUCCUCUGUGUUCCUAUCGCCCACUUAGGAUUGACUGUGUUAAAACUCCGCCCUCUAUAUAGAAAUAACACUGCCUCUGUUGGGUGAAAUUUGCAUCUGGUUUUCUUCCAAACUUUACAGUUCCAUCUCAUCCGGCUGCCUUUCCUUGUUGGAUGGUGGGAGGGGGAGCGCCCUAAAUCUUGAGAUUAAGGGUGGAGGACUCCACCUCACUCUAGACUCAGGUAAUGGGAGUAGGGAAGAAUGAGAUCAGGAUAUGUUACCUUCUGAGGGUUCGGGGUGGGAGUCUUGGGAGAGGCAUUCUUUUUUUAAGGGGAUAAGGAAUAAGAUGUAGUCCAGUGUUGGAGUGUCUUGGACUACUGGAUGAGAUGGAGGGGUUAAGGCUUGCCACAACUCAAUGGAACACCUCCAUAAUCACCUGGUUUCCCCGAAUUUGUAAAAAUGGAGAUGAGUCCCUGAAGACACUUAACCUUCUCUUCCCCUUUUUCAUAGGUUGCUUGAUCUCCCUUCCUUCCUUCCUUGGUGCUUACCUAUUUCAGACCAAUUAACCAAACCCUUGCCUAGGUCAGUAUUUUAGUUCUUGUCAUUCCCUCUGGCGGUAAGCCUUGUAUCUAUGGUAUGGGGCUUUGCUGGAACAGGUGAGGUUCCUCUAACUGCACCUUUGCUUCUGGCACCUCAAAAAACGGUGGUUGGCAGUAAUGCAUUGUGGAAGUUUUCCCAUUGUGAAUAUUUCCAAAUGGAUUUUCUAUUAAUGUUACUGUGGUUGUUUUGAAAUAAAAAUUCUGAAUGUAUAUACGACA